ACACCUUUGCUUCAGUUUCGUACACAUGUUCGAGCUGGAAAGACGGUUUUCCCCUUUUGUUACCCGCUGCUGCUCUGCUGGUGGAUAGUGGACGGUUUAGUGGUAGAACAGUAAACACACAUGAAACUAUUCCGAGUUUGGCAAGUGAAUUAGUACCUACGAGAUCACACAAAGCACGACAAAACAUCGAAAAAAUUGCCUAAUAAAACAGCGUGUGAAAGUGCGACUUGGUCGCAGUGUCACAAAACUCGCUUGGACUAUUGUUUAAUUGACGUGCGCGAGAAUCUCGUAGUGGAAAAAAUAAAUAAUUAAACAAAUAGAAAGUGCAUCCAAUAAAACGUCAAAUGCCGCAAUAUACAAUAUCUCGGUAGGCUAUGAGGUGAGAUGAGAAACAGUUACAGGGGUGUUUCGGAAAGCAGCAGGGUCAUCCUAAAGUCAGUGUCAGUAGUGAAGUGAAACCCCAAAACAAGGGCGUGAUAAGCAACGGAUCGCCGGAUCGUGUGAAAAAAAAAAUCCGUGCUGCCAAGUUGGGCGGUCGUGCCCCGCGUGUGUUUGUUGUUAAUAUUGAAAUCGAAAAGCCCGUUGCUUGGGCGUUGCUGAUCGCAGUGUUGUUAUAUAACCUGAUGGAUGCCCGAUGCUAAUAGCGCUCAUCAUGUUGAUGCGAUUAUAGGCGAUUUGUUCCCUCGGUAGUUAGUGUGGGGAAAUGCAAUGUACAUAUGUUUGCUUGUUGAGGAGUGAGGAGGAGCUCACGUGACACCCCAACUGUACCAGGGCCGCUGGACAAUUCGAAAGCUUGAAAAUAAUUGAAAUUUUAAAUUCGCAAACGGCAAUUAGUGACUGGUGUUGCUGCUGCCGCUGGUAGAAAGACUUAAUCUUGCAUGAAAAUUGUAUAAUUGUUUGGUCAUUAUUUUCAAUUUGCUUUCCCGGCUUUUUUAUGGCGAAUUUAAGGUAGUGACAGUUUAUGAUGCCAUCAGCGCGCGGUUUUUUUAAGCGUGUAUGCCCAACCAAAACCGAUCGUUACGAAAGGUGUGACAGCUUGUGAAAAAGAAAUUUAUUAAACGACUGUGAAAAGUUACACGAAUGUGUUAAUACACGGCAAUCAAACGAAAGAAAAAAGAAACAUUAAAAUAUAACAAGCCGGUUGCGUAACUUGCAACUAUAGCUGCUUCUAUCAGUUUACAAUGCAAAACGGCGCUUCGGAACAGUGAACCGUAAAAUCGAAAAUCGAUUGUUUGGCCGCGAAGUCGUCAAAGCGCGAAAUGCACACCGAUCGAACCAAAGAGGAGCGUCGUCGUCGUAGUCGCGAAAUCGAACUCGAAACAUUAUAAAAUGCACCAAAAGUAGAGCAACUAGCUGCGAAAUCGACGCCGACGCCGCCACCGGCGGAGUUUGCCGCGCAACCACUAUAGGGGUGUACAUCUCGUGAAUUCGAAUGCGAUGAAGAAAUUCAUAACGACCAAAUUGCACACCGCGUCGAUGAAAGAAGUCGAAACCGAAGCAGAAGUAGAAAACGACGAAACUGCAGCAGAAGAAAUAGCAGCAACGGACCAAAGACCGAAAAAACUCGCAAUACGCCGCAGCGGUGGCAUUGUGAGAUCGAAAUCAUUAUCAUCGGCAACGGGGACGUCAUCGCUAGUAGCAUCAUCAGCGGCGGUGGUCACUGUCAUGACAUUGAAUUCUGCUCCCUCGUCUCCGUCGUUGUCGGUGGAAGGAGUCACCGAUGAGAGGAGAAGUAACGUGACGGUGGAUGAUCCACCGCCUACACUGAUCCAGCCGAAGCAACCUCAGCAGUCGAAGGUGCAACCGCAGCAUGCCAUUAUUACCAUCAGCAAGCCGAAGCCGCCACCGUCGUUCUUCGGCAGCUCGACCUCGUUCGCUGCUCAGGUCAAAAUGUGCGGUUAUCUUAAGAAGAAGCGCAAUAAGAUGGGCGGCUGGCGAAAGAUGUACUUCAUUCUGCAGAACCAGCUGCUGCUUUCCUACUCGUCCAAGGACGACUACGAGAAAAAGCUCGCCCCCUUCAAGGAUAUCAUCAAUCUGGUCCCGGGCACGGUCAUCAUUCCCACGACCGGACCGCGCUUCACCAUCGAGACCAACUCCAAAGUGCUGUACACGUUUCGCUGCGAUGAUCAUAAAAGCUGUUCCGAGUGGAUAACCGCUCUGCUUGAUAGCCUCAAAGGUGAUGGCGGCGGCGGCAUCGGCGAUAAAAAGUACAGCCGUACAAGCCUACAUGGCGUUGCCACUGCCAGCGGCGGCAGGAACCUGCAGCAACACCAUCCGACGAUGAUGACCCGCCGCUCGCUAUCCUCACUAUCAUCGUCCUCCUCGUCCGCUUCAUCGAUCGGCUCGUCGUCAGCCGCCACCGGUCACUACGCAACGGAUGAUCCGUCGAAGAUGGCGAUCAGUUCGAUCAGACGGCUGCAGCACAAUAUGCCACCGUAUCCGACGAUCGUCAAGGCCACCAGUGCUGGUAUGCGGCAGCAGCAGGCCUCCUCCCUGUCGGCGCCCAAUUUGUACUACGGGUUCGGUAGCAUCACCAACAGCGGCCAGAACGUGAAAGUAGGCAAACUGGUGCAGCUGCCCAUCGCUAGCGGGACUGCGAGGCUGCUGGAGCGCGGAGCUGCCAACGGCGCGCAGAAAAAGUACAAGAUACUGACCAUUAACGAGGUGGAUGAUGAUGGGGAAAAUGAUGAAAAACCAGCUUCGACACCAUCGGCAGUACCAGUAGCAGCAGCAGCAGUAGUAGCGCGUGCUAUCAGUAACGGUAACCUCGGUCGAGGGGACUCAAAGGGGAUCAAAGCGACGACGACAACGACAAGAACCAGCAACAGCCUGGGGGAAGAGCUAAACGAAGCCGGCAGGCGGUGGGGGGCGGACCAAGUGAAGCACGUGAAAAGCAGUGGUGCAGCAGAGGAAAGCAGUGAGGCAACCACAGCCUUAGGCAACAACAAUAACAACAACAACAACUUCCGACUGCACACCGAUCGGGAGAGAAUGCAUCAGUCCGUUGAGGUGUGUCGGAUCAACAGUAUGUUUAUUGGUGGCGGUGAGGCAGGAGCCGGAGGAAGCAAACUGGAGGCCCCAACGCUAGUGGCGAAACGAAUCAGCCAGAGAGUGGCUGGCGGUCAAAGUGUCGAGAACGUCGUUGUCAGUCUGGCAGCCAGCACCGGUGAUCUGCGACGAUUCGGAAGUAGUUUGAAAAGUGCGCGGGGAAGUGCCAAAAGAACCAACAGCAGUGUAACGGAUUUGCGAGUGGCAACCGCGACCGCAAUCGGAAGCGCCAGGCCGGAUCUGCUGCUGCCGGCGAUGAUGAUGGAUUCGAAACCGCUCGCGGAUAUUAACCAUAACCAUCUGGCCAAAUGGAGCGCUGAAAGCAUCACAAUUUCCCUCACGAAGAACGGGUUCACCUUAAGUGGCAGAGGGGCCGGAAGAAGUGUCGGUUCUACGGACACUUUGUACCGGAGCGCAAAAGCGGCUUCGGCAGCCGGUCUCACGGCUUCGACUCGGCUACGGAGCAACAGUCACAGCAGUGAUCUGCACAAAUCUAGUCAGAACUACAGUAGCCGAACCGAGUUGAAUCGAUCGUCGCCAAAGAAGCUUGCCGGUAACGCCUCGGGGGAACCACCCGCCGCGGAGAAGUUGGAGCCGAUCUACGCUGUGGUUGAUUUGAGUUUGAAGAAAUCCCGGCGACUGAAUCUUUUCGGACAUGGAUCCCUAGAACCGGAUCUUGUUGAAGGACAACGAAUUAAGGUCGAAAUGAUACGUGAUCGAGAAACUGGUCGCCUACAGGAAAAGGCCAACGCGGUCUUGGGAACCACAAGCAGUGCAAGAAGCCUCCUUCCAACCAGCAAUAACGAUUACGAGGAGCUGAGCGAGUUGACCAUAGAAAACUUUUCCUCGUUCGGAGACGAUCAGGACAAUUCGAACGAUAGUGAAAAUAUUUACGAACCGAUCAACAUUCCGGAGAUACCGCUAUCAUCCAGCAAUGCGUCACCAUCGGCCACACCGUCCCAAAUGAACACCCUGUGGCGCCAUUUGAAGAAGAUGAAUAUCAACCAGCUGAUGAAGCGUCACCCGGAAUCACCGACAACAGCCAAUCCAGCGGUUCAGCAUUCAAACCAAAGAGACGAAGAAGGUCCCAAAGCUUCAACCUUCAGUGAGUUGAGCAAAAAGUUUGGCCACCAUCGGCGCUCGAUCAAGAACCGAAUGCGAGUGCUAGUGGACCGUCAGCACAGUCAUCCACCGUCCACUGCGACGGGGCUCGGAACACAGAACAGCAGUCUAACCUCGCUACCGAAAACGAUGACCGAAUCGGAUGACGUCAAGAUGCUACGGAAAGCGUCCGCCGAUAGUCGGCCUCUGUUUAGUACGUUUGGGAGGAACAAAAAGUCACGCAAAUCGCUUUCGUUCGAUGAUUUCAUACCGCGUAAAAAGCAACAGCAGCAGCAACAGCAACAACAUGUUGGCGGUGUUGGACUUGUUAUAUGCAAAACUGCAGCGGACAGUUCACGGGCUCACGAUGAGCUGCACCGGGAGCUGAAGCGGCAGCUUUCGAAGCGAUCGGAUAGUAGCAGCGCUAGUGCUGCUAGUAGCGGCGGUCAUGAGAAUAAGAAUAGUUUAGAGUUAUAAGUUUUGUAGGUUUUUUUUCUUCAAUUUUUUAGUGUAGGUUGUUUCGAUGUUUUUUAAACGUUUUGAUAGUAAUAAAUCGAAGCCGAUUUUCGGUUGUUUUAUUUGAA